AUGGCUGAAGGUCCAGUUCAGUUAUCAGGCAACUGCAAAGAGACUUACUCUUUACUUCAGAGACUCGAGGACAUUGAGGAAUUUCUCCAGGAACAACCUGAGACACAUGAGGCAAGAACACCAGCUGCACCAGAGCCACAGCUUUAUAUGCCUCUUUCUGUCCAUGGUGAAGACAGCCAACAUGAAUCCAUUCAGAACCAGGUGAUGACUCCCUUGAAGCCCACAAUGAUGAAUUCUGCGUGUUCUAACAUCCCUGGGACAGUUCUUGACCAGAACUCAACAACACUCCCUGUUAAAGCCUUUGAUAUGCCCCCAAGAGAACUAAGUGCGCCUUUCUUCAUGGACCAGAAGGUGACCUCCUUUGAUCAGAGAAAACCCACAGCAGCCUCCUGCAUGAUACCUGUCACUGAAAACCCAAAGACAUCAUUCACUGAUUGCCAAAAGACAACCAUCACUGCAAACAACAUGACAAUUUCCAAUGCAGGCAGCCAGAUGAAGACCCUCAGUGAGGAACAGACCUUCUACAGAGGCCAGAUGACCUUCAGUGGGGACCAGACCCAUUAUGGAAACCGGAUGACCUUUGGUGGGAACCAUACCCGUUAUGGAAGCCAGAUGACCUUCAGUGGGGACCAGACCCAUUAUGGAAACCGGAUGACCUUUGGUGGGAACCAUACCCGUUAUGGAAGCCGGAUGACCUUCAGUGGAGACCAGACCCAUUCUGGAAACCGGAUGACCUUUGGUGGGAACCAUACCCGUUAUGGAAGCCAGAUGCAGACUCUCUAUGGGGGUCAGAUGACAACCCUCACUGAUGACCACACUCUCUAUGGAAGCCAUAUGAUGCCAUGUCAAUCAUCAUCAUUGCCAUACCCAGGAUUCCUGUACUUUUCAAAUUCCCAUUUGACCCAAGGACAAUCCCAGAGAAGUCAGUUCCAAAAUAAUGUUGACAUUUUGAAGCCCUACAUUUGCACAUACCAGGACUGUGGAAAAUCGUAUUCAAAGCGUUUUCACCUCCAAGUCCAUGAGCGCAAACACACUGGAGAGAGGCCCUACAAAUGUGAUGUGAAGGGAUGCACCUGGAAAUUUGCCCGUUCAGAUGAGCUCAACAGACACAGCAGAAAGCACAGUGGGGAGAGACCCUACCAAUGUACUUCGUGCGACAGGAAUUUCACACGAUCUGAUCACUUAAAGCAGCAUCAGAGAGUCCACAGCCGGUGA